UUGCGGAGCCUCCGGCGGCUGCGGGCCCGGCGGCUGGCGAGCAGGACGCUGCUGCGGAGAACCGGGGGAACAUGAAGCUCCAGGCCAGAGUGGGGGUGAAAGAGGAAACGGCUUUGUGUCCAGAUUCGGUUUAAGUCUGGCCCCGUUUUUAUGCACCUGAUGAGAACCUGCACGUCCCAGCGCUUAAUUUUCUCAACUCCAAGGUGCCCUGUCGUUUGAGGCCUCGGUGUACCCCCUCAGUUCUCUACAUUCUUGCAGGAACAGCAGAAAAUGAUCACAUCCCAGGGAUCACUGUCAUUCAGGGAUGUGACUGUAGGCUUCACCCAGGAGGAGUGGCAGCACCUGGACCCUGCUCAGAGGACGCUGUACAGGGAAGUGAUGCUGGAGAACUACAGCCACCUCAUCUCAGUAGGGUUUUUCAUCCCUAAACCAGAAGUCAUCCUCAAGUUGGAGCAAGGAGAGGAGCCAUGGAUAUUGGAGGAAGAGUCCCCAAGCCAGAGUGUCCCAGAAUUAAUUAAUCGCAGUAGAAACUAUUCAAGAAAGAAGUUUGAUGAGUUUAACAAAGGUACAAAAUGGUUCCAUGAUGACAAGCAUGAAGGAAUUCACUCUGAAGAGAAAUCUUAUGAAUAUAAUAAAAAUGGGAAUGGCUUCUGUCUUAAUGAAGACUCUGUUCAGCAUCAAAAAAUUCAAAUUUUGGAGCAACCUUUUGAAUACAGUGACUGUAGGAAAGCUUUCCAUGAGAAUUCACUCUCUGUUAUACAUAAGAAUCCUUACACAGGACAGAACACCUGUGAAUACACUGAAUACAGAAAAACCUUCUGUGAUAUGUCAUCUCUCUUUGCUCAUCAGAGAACACAUCCAAAAGAGAAUCACUAUGAAUUUAAUGAAUGUGGAGAAAAUUUCUUUGAGGAAUCCAUUCUCUUUGAACAUAAUGUUCACCCUUUGAGCCAGAAGUCAGAUCUCAUUCCAAUUCAGAGAAGCCACUCAAUUGACAAUAUUAUUGAAUAUAAUGAAUGUGGAAACUUUUUCAAUGAAAAAUUAGUCUUUGGCAUACAACAGAGCAUAGAAACAGGGGGAAAACCCUAUGAAUGUCAUGAAUGUGGAAAAACCUUCAACAAGAAGUCAGCGCACACAAGACAUCGGAGAACCCACACUGGGGAAAAAUCCUGUGAAUGUCAUGAAUGUGGGAAAACUUUCUGCAAGAAUUCAGACCUCAUUAAACAUCAGAGAAUUCAUACAGGGGAGAAACCUUAUGAAUGUCAAGAAUGUGGGAAAUCCUUCAGUGAAAAGUCAACCCUCACCCAACAUCAUAGAACACACACAGGGGAGAAACCAUAUGAAUGUCAUGAAUGUGGGAAAUCCUUCUCAUUUAAGUCAGUCCUUACUGUACAUCAGAAAACACACACAGGGGAGAAGCCCUAUGAAUGCUAUGAAUGUGGGAAGGCUUUUCUCAGAAAAUCAGACCUCAUUAAACAUCAAAGAACUCACACAGGGGAAAAACCUUAUGAAUGUAAUGAAUGUGGGAAGUCUUUCUCUGAGAAGUCAACUCUCACUAAACAUUUGAGAACUCAUACAGGCGAGAAGCCCUAUGAAUGUACUGAAUGUGGAAAAUUUUUCUGCUACUACUCGGGUUUCACAGAACAUCAGAGGAGACAUACAGGAGAGAAACCUUUUGGAUGUAAUGAAUGUGGGAAAAACUUCCGUCAGAAAUCAGCCCUAAUUGUUCAUCAGAGAACUCACGUAAGACAGAAACCCUAUGAAUGUAAUGAAUGUGGAAAGUCAUUCUGUGUGAAGUCAAAACUCACUGCACAUCAUAGAACACACACAGGGGAGAAACCCUAUGAAUGUAAUGUUUGCAGGAAAUCAUUCUAUGUGAAGUCAAAACUUACUGUACAUCAGAGAACACAUUUGGGAAGAAACCCUAUAAAUAUAAUAAACGAGGGAAAUCACUCUGGGUGAAGUCAAGAGUUUAUAGAACAAAGAACACAAAGCAGGGAGAAAAAUCUAUUAAGAUUUUGAGAACAUCUUUGGUCUAAAGUCAGUUCUCAUAAUACAGCAGAGAACGUACAGAGGGAAGAAAAUAAUAUGAAGAUAUUCUGGACAUAGGAAAAUUUUUUACUGGAAUUUGGACCAUACAGUGUAUCAGAAAGCUCAGAGUACAGAAAACCUAUUGGUGAAUGAAUACAGGGAACCUUCUGCCCAAAGCCACACCUCACUAAACAUCAGAGAAAUCACACAGGGUAGAAAUCUCUAUCAGUAUUCAUAGAGAAGACUUCAUCCACAGGCCAGAGAAAAUGCACAAACUAGCAAGUUAUAGGAAAGCAUUUACUAUGAGUUGGUGUUUUAUUGGACUUGUGUGAAAUGUUUGAAGUAGCAUUUCAGUGGACAUCAGAUAGUAAUUUAAGUGGAUAGAAGCUUUAAGUUAAACCUAAGCUUAUCAUACAUCAGCAACUUUGAACUGAAGUGUCUAGCAUUUAGGAAAUGUGGAGAAUGUUUGCAUUUAGACAUAGCAUUUAUACAAUUUGGCCUAUUGCUGGGUGUGCUAUUCCUUCCAAUUUAAGGUACUGGACAUCAACUGGAACCAGGGGUUGUAAGCAACUCACAUGUUUAUUGCUCAGGCAUAUGAAAAACAAGGGAACAUUUUUAGCAAGGGGACCUACCUGCAAGAAGAUUUUCUGAUGUCCAGGUAGAGAGAGAUAUCCUGGUCUUGGUGAUAUACAUAGCACAGGAACUUGCCAGCAGGAUUUCUGAUUGUGAGGCUGACUAAUUUUGAGUGGCCUGUCCUGAAAUGGUGGAUCAAAGGGGCAAUGUAGGUUCCUUGAAUACAGCUACCUGGUGUAGCGGAAGUGGUAUGAAAUAUAGGUAGUUUCUGCCUUACCAGUGUUGAACAGUUUGGCCAGAUGCCAUCCUGCUGUGAAGUGACUUACUGCAACCAACUUUAUUUAUCCACAUACUUAACAUGUUUCUUUAAAAAGCAGAACAUUCAUGUACAAACAUAUACACUGUUAAGUAUGGAGCUUUUAAAAGCACAAAUAGAUUUUACUACUGAGUAAGAUACAGUAGUUUGCAGCAGACCAGUGCACUCACUAAGAACAACUAGAAAAGCAGUUCACUAAAGUCAUCUAUUUACUUGCAACCUAUUGCAGAAGCAAAGAGGGCUAGAAUGGUAAUAUUCAGGAGAGGAGUGAAUGACAGAAAGUAUAUGGGAAAAUAUAGCUGUUUUUCCUGGGAGCACUUGCCAAUUCUGGCUACAGGGAGGAACCUGAAUAUUGAGCGUGGCUCAGGCAGAGGGCUAUAGCUUGGUGGGGAAAGGGAGGUUAGGGCGCAGGGAGACCAGAAACCAGGUGAACGGUGAACUCUGCCAGUCAAGGCUGGAGUGAAAAAUUCUGAAACAUGAGAGGCUUUCAAACACAUAGCCAGUUUCUCAAAAUUUUGAGAAUACUGACACAGGGCAGGAACUUGAAAAUCUAUGCUCAAAAACACAAGUAGAUUUUUUCAGUACUGAGAAAAAAUGAAUUCAGGAACUGCCAGUAGGAUGGGCCCCUGGCAAACACAGCAUGCUAUCAAUAAAAGCACAAGGUCAUACCAGAGGUCAAAACUGCCAACAAUCUGAGUCAUAUUUUAAAAUCUACCAGAAAGAAAACUCAUAGGAACAGAUGGCUUCACUGCAGUUAUUCUAAAUAUUAAAAAAAGACAUAAUACCAAACUUUUAUAAACUUCCAGAGAUAGGAAUAUAGGAAUUUUCCUGUUCACUUUAUGAGGCCAGUACAACUUUGAUACCAAAACCUUCAAGACACUUCAGGAAAGUAAAGUUAUAGACCACUAUCUUAUGAAUUUAGAUACAAAAUCCUAAAAUUAAAAAAAUUCCAGCCAUAUCAAAGGAUAAUGUAUCUUGACUAAAUGAUGUUUACUAGAGGAAUCAAAGGAUAGAUUUAGUAUUGCAAAUUCAAUCCAUUUGGCCUUCUACUCCUCUCUCUGAUUCUCCUUUCUCCCUUGCACUUUGUAAAUUUCUCUUCUGCUGUCCCUUCCUAGAGUUGAAGAGGCAGAAUAGGCCUGCCGUGAGGGAUGAGAAAGGUGUUGUGGUGAUGUGCCAACCUGCAUCAAGAGUGCUGGAGGCAAAUGGAAGAGAUGGUUAGCAUGGCUGAGAUACUGGUAACAUUGAGCUGAUAAGUAAAUGUUGAAGAUGAUGAGAGCCAGGUUCCUCACUGUUGGAAAAGGUAUCUAUAAAAAUGGAAAGGGGGGAAGCUAGAAAACCACCUGGAGUGUUGGACUGUAAUGAUACUCAUUUUAACUACACAGAAAUAAUUAUAGCAGUUGUGUGUGUGUGUAUUUUAUGGAUCUGUCUACUGACACCUCAGUAGCACUGAGCACACCAAUUACCAGGUUAUUAAUUACUAAAUACUAUCCUCCCACCAAAAAUGGAGCAGGUCUCUGGAGUGGUAGAUAUUUCUCCCCAUCUCUGACUUGGAAUAAGCUAUCAGACAAUAAGAAAAUGUUCUAAGAAUUAUGGAAACAUGUCAAAAGAAGCACCUUGGACAGGUUGCAGUGGCCAAAUUUGAGACAGUUUGAACAUCAAAACAAAUAACAAUAGCAUCAUAAUAUAAGUGACUUAAAAAUGGGAAUCCAAUAAUUUGUACAGAUAUAAAUAACUGAAUAAAUACAUAGAGGAGGGAAAGCUUUCUUUAUAAGCCAACUAAUAAAUGUAGGAGGAAUAAUGGCAAUAGAAAAAACACUAUUUGGCAACCAUCAUACUGGUGGUUGAUUCAGUAAAUAGUUGCCAACAUAGGCUAGAGUUUGUGGGUAGAAGUUUAAUGAAGAACAGGUAUUGGCAUUAUCUCCAAAUAUUUUGCCACAAAAUACUAAUCAACUACAAACGUGAAAAUGGUGAUUUUUAUGAUAAACCUGGCAGACACCAACAUAAUCAAGUGAUCAAAGUUCACUUCACCAGGGGCCUCCCUGGUGGCGCAAGUGGUUGAGAGUCCGCCUGCCGAUGCAGGGGAUACGGGUUCGUGCCCCGGUCUGGGAGGAUCCCAUAUGCCGCGGAGCGGCUGGGCCCGUGAGCCAUGGCCGCUGAGCCUGCGCGUCCGGAGCCUGCGCGUCCG